CAGUAGACUCAUUGGCCUUUACUUUGGCGUAUACUCAACGCAGCACAUGGCCGUGCCUCAGCGCCAUGUGAGUCUCCAGCAAUGCUUGGUUGGACAAGCGCUGAUGUGCCUGUUGGAGGCACUGGCAGAGACCGCUUCCGAGACGGCCGUCUUUGGGCUCCUCUGUCGUGAGGUCUCCCGGAGGCUUUGGGUGGAGGACUCGGAGAAUCCAGGGACCCGGAGGCUCUUGGUGUCUGGCUGCAGCUUGUGGCCUCAUAGCCGUCCUCAGUGCCUCACCAAGAUCAGUCCCAAUGCCCUGCGCCAGCUCUCCUUGACGGAGGCGCCUGCACUCUUCUUGCCAGGUGGACUGUGGAUGCCCCUCAUCUCCGCAUCCUUGCGCUACCUCUCGCUCUCGUUGGAACGCCCGGAGCUGCAGGAUUGCUGGAACGAGAUCGUGGAGGGCUUGGCAAACACUCCGACCGCAAGGCUCCAGCGCCUGAUGCUCUUGGGACACACCUUCCCGGCGGGUGGCCUGCGCCCUUUGAGCCGUGUGUGCGGCGCAUGUGUGAGGAGCUUGGAGGCCUUGGCGAUCGACUUCCGCACGAGCGCGGGCGAUCUGGGAGAGGAGGAGCAGCUGGAGCUUUGGACGAGUCUCGAAGAGGCACAGCACCUGCGCCGAUUGCAGCUGAGUGGCCUGAGGUUUUCUCCACAGUUGCUGUGUCAAGGCUUGCGGAGGCUCAAGUGCCUUGGGCAGCUGAGGCACUUGGGCUUGGGGCACUGCAGUGCGGACGCUCUCGUGUCUGAGGCGGGUGAUGAGAUGCUCGAAUUGCUGGCAGUAGGACAGCAGAUGGUUCUGAAGCUGGAGAGUUUGGCAAUCUUUGGAUUGAGCGACGUGGGGCAGCUGCAGCUGAUCCUGGAGACGCUCAGCGCCCCGCAGCUCCUGCAGCUGGAUCUGUCGUUCAACGCACAGGCGCAGGAGGCCUUGCUGCGGCCGCUGAAUGCGAUCUUGGAAAGUCGCCCCCUCACAAAGCUCAACUUGACAGGCAGCGCCUUCUGCCUCUCGUCCCUCACGGCACUGCCGAGCAGCCUGGAAGAGUUGCGGAUUGCUGGGUGCCAUGUGCCACUGGGGCCUGAAGGUGGUGAGCUGCUUCAGCGCUUUCUGCAGAACUGCGAAAAUCUGCAGGUGUUGGAGCUGGGCAGCAUUGGCCAGGUGCAACCCUGGCUGCGACGGUCACUGCUGGCGCUGCUGCGGAGCUGUGCCCCGCUGCUGCGGCGCUUGCAGGCCAAGCUACCUGGAAACCUCCUGCAGGCCGGGCUGGGGGGGCCCUUCGAAACCGGCACCUUCCUUUGCUCACUGCCGCUCUUGGAGUGGUUGGACCUGGAGCCAGGUGGACCGCUCCCCUCCAGCUUCCCCGCGCUCCUCGCCGCGCCGCGCGCCUCGCUGCGCGUGCUGCGCGUGGCGCAUGCGCUGCUGUCGGACGGUCUCGGAAGCGAACUGGUGAAGCGAUUACGAGGUGCCGGUGCUUUGCAGCAACUGUCUCUUGUGGACUGCGGGCUGGGUGCCAACACUGUAGGUUCCUUCCUCGUGUCUCUUCCAUCUUGGCCUCAGCUCACGCACCUGAAUCUGAGCCACAACGGCUUCGCAGGCGCGCAGGCGACAACGCCACUGCUGAAGACGCUGAGCGUCUCCCGACGCCUUCGACAGCUCAGGCUUUGCGCAUGCGAGCUGGACAUGGAUUCCGCGCUGGUCGCGUGCGCGCCUCUGGUGGUGGGCCUUCCCGGCUUGGAUCUUCUCGACCUGCGUGGGAAUGCCAGGCCUUCCGAGGAUGCCUGCCUCAGCUUCAUAGCGACCGCCAGGCAGGAGUUCGCCCGAGGCACCUUCUCGCCGUGGCCCUCGGGAGCACCGCCCGCGAGCCUGGAGCUGGAGUGCGAGGUGGGACAGCUACCGGAGAAGCUGGGGCGUUUCCAGCUCCGGUGCCCGGAGCUGAAGGAGUUUGGAUGGAAUGUGCCAUGGGGACAAUGGUGUUGGAUGAAAAAGCGGCGAAAGAAGGUGUUGUCGGCCAUGAGUGAAUGGGAAUGGACAGGAGACGCCGACGCCUUCUCGGAUGGACGAGAGGGAGGAGCUGAGGAGGCGGGGCAGCUGGAGACGCUCAAGGUCGAACAUGCAGAAGUGUUGAAGACCUUAAGGCUCCAGCGAAACAGGAACGUGGAGCUCACCACGUGCUGCGCGCGUCUCCGGGGUGAGUUGGUGGGCCUAGAGGCGCAAGGGCGAGAAGCAGUGGCAGAAGCGCAGCAAAGGACGGCGGAGCUGGAAACCCGCUGCGGGCGGGUUCACGAGGAUCUCCAAGAGUCGCAGAGGCAACUUCGUGACUCGAGGUGCAGCGCAGAACACCUGGCAGAGGACUUGGUGGAUGCGCAGAGGCAUCGGGUGAGGCGCCUCAGCGCGGCGCAUGCCACGGUGGACGAGCUGCGCGGAGAGCUGCGGGACGCGGUGCUUCGAUCGGAGAACACGGAGCUCCUUUUGUCGAUCCAGCAGGCAGAGGCUCGGAUCAUCGAGGUGACCAGGAAUGAAUUGCUCACUCAGACCCAAUGCUGCGUUUGCAUGGAAGCCCCACGAUCCGUUGUCCUUGAGCCAUGCAUGCAUUAUGCGCUCUGCUUGAGCUGUGCCCAACAAAUGAGAUCUUGCCCCGUGUGUAGAAGAGGCAUACGAUCUGUCUUAUGUACUUUGUCUGUUUGA